CGCUGGGUCAAUGGGGCAAUAGGAUGGCAGAUUGAUGGUUUAAUGGAGGGUGGGCAGGCUGCUGGGUGUGCUGAGGGAAGGGGUGAAGGGCUGAAGAAAGAGUGAUGGGGUGAAGGGGUGAAGAAAGGGUGAUGGGGUGAAGAGGUGGCCUGCUAAAGGGAUAUUAGGCUGUAUUGUUCUAGGAAGGUGAGUGAGGGCGACUGGGAUGAGUGGGAAGGUGACUGGGGUGAUGAGUGGAAAGGUACUGGGGUGAUGACUGGGAAGGUACUGGGGUUACUUUGGGGGCGAUAAGUGGGGAGGUACUGGUGAGGUGAUGGCUCGGGAGGUGAUGGCGAGGUGAUGGCUGGAGCUGGUGGGGUGACAGUUACAAAACAGUGACAAAGAAACACUUGACAUGGGAAGGAAAAUACGUGGAGGUGCAGCGUAACAGAAAACGCGACUAAGAAAGGAAAUAAAAGGGAUACGUGAAUAAAGAUAACCGGAACUCAUUCCUUUAACAUAUAAAAAAGAAAAACACGUUACUUAAAGAAAAAACAGAACUCACUCCAUUAAUGUAAUAAAGAAGAAAAACACGUUACUUAAAGAAAAGAAAACAGAACUCACUCCAUUAAUGUAAUAAAGAAGAAAAACAUGUUACUUAAAGAAAAGAAAACAGAACUCACUCCAUUAAUGUAAUAAAGAAGAAAAACACGUUACUUAAAGAAGAGAAAACAGAACUCACUCCAUUAAUGUAAUAAAGAAGAAAAACACGUUACUUAAAGAAGAGAAAACAGAACUCACUCCAUUAAUGUAAUAAAGAAGAAAAACACGUUACUUAAAGAAGAGAAAACAGAACUCACUCCAUUAAUGUAAUAAAGAAGAAAAACACGUUACUUAAAGAAGAGAAAACAGAACUCACUCCAUUAAUGUAAUAAAGAAAAACACGUUACUUAAAGAACAGAAAACAGAACUCACUCCAUUAAUGGCCCUUCCAAAACGUCACUGGAGGCACUGCAGGACCUAUGCAAGCAAGUGUCAGCAGGGUCUUCAAGUGUGUGUGUGCACCGUGUUGAGUGAUAAGUCGGUGCAGGAAAUCAAGAUGCCUCCAACACACCUUGAUCAAAGGAGAACUGCACACCAGUUCUUCAGGAUUAAAAAUUUCUUAAGGGUUAUUGGGGCCAUUGAUGGCAGCCACAUUGCCAUGAAGGGCCAAAGUGUGGAUGAGGCCCUCUACUUGAACUGGAAAAGGUAUCACUCCCUCUGAACAUCCAACUUGUUUGUGAUGCAAGUGGAGUGAUCCUCAGCUACUGCUCCAGAUUGCCAGGUAUAUAGCAUUAUUGCAUCACAUGUUUACCCAACCAUGUAUUUUAUUGAUUUUCAUGUGACUUUCAGGGUAUGGCAGUCCUGCAAAUGCUGUGUGAGACAACAUCCACAGCAUGACCAACUCCACAGCAGUGUGUGUUGUCUCAUCUGGAGGCCCCACCUGCAUGGAUAUGAAUGUUGCAAUUAUCACCCACUUAGAAGUUCACAUGUAAAGCCAAAUCAACUUGGUGUAAAUCAUGAAUGCAUUAGAGCACAAUAAUGUUAUCUAGCACUGCAGUGGUCACUGUCUCAGACCUGACUGCCAGAGGUACUGUACAUACUCCUAUUUAUAAUCCAUUGCUUAGUUGGUUCUUGAUUAUGUUUAUUGACUAUAUGAGUAAAUUUUGUAACAGCACCAAUAAUUAAAUACAUAUACACAAGAACAAACUUCUUUUUAUACAACUGCAGGGGUUUUAAGCACUGCUAACAAUCACCUAACCUAACUAAUCUAAACAUAACUUAACCCUCCUUCCUCAACAAAGUAAAAUCAAUAUUCAAGAAAUAAAAUUUAAUACAGCAGUUUGUGUCCCAAAGGCUGACCAGAAAGAAACAUUUUUUUUCUCUCAAUAUGUAACAAAGUCAUACAGAGGAAUUUGUUCAUAUUACUCAAAACAAUGUUCAGCAAUGCCCAAAACAUCAGUUAAUUAAAUUCCAUGAGCAAUUAGGUCAAGACAAAAUAUGAAUCAAAUAUGGUAGUGUGGGUAAAUUUUUACUCUUUCAUCUGUUUAUCUUUUCCACAUGAAACUAAGCUAUUUGCUUUUUGUUAUUUUUGGCCUACACUGAAUUAGUAUGUUAAUCAAACCUGAUGUAACCUUACCAAAGUAAUCUAACAAAACCAAAAUAAUAUAACCUAACCUAACCUAACCUCAAAUAUCUAAAAUAACCUUGCUUCUCUAAAAAAAAAAAAAUAUGUACAUGUAGCUGUUUAACAAUUGCUGUCAUUAUCAUAAUUAAUUUGCAGUUGGUAUGUGUGGGGUUCAAAUUAGUCUGGAAUGACAAAAUGUAUCUGAUGAGAAGGAGAAGAAAAGCCAUGUUGAGACUGGUGAAGGAGUAAAAGAAUACCCUUCUGUGUGUCUGCUGGAACCAUAAGCCAUGAUUUCACUUACUUGCAGCAGGACGUCACACCAUUUUUUGUAAAUAUCACAGUAAUAACAAUCAUAUAGCUCUCUGUCCCUCUUCUGUGUCAACCGCACCAUGUUCGGUCUGCAACUAUGCUAACCAAAAUGUGAUAAGAAUAACCGAUUAACUCGCCAGUGUCUGCAGUGUGACGUUGUUUGCAGCACCCUUGUUCUUGACAUGGGUCGCAGGUCCUUCAAUUUCCUCUGGACCUCAGGAUAGGCAAUUGCCGUGAGGGAAAGAUGGCUGAGUCUGGGCAGGUUGAGAGAUGUGAUGCUCAGCAGGAAGGAGAGUGGGUAGCGAAGUGCAGUGCGGUAGGAGUAGACACGCUGCCAAAGGAGCAGGAAGUGGUCCUUGGUCUCGGAGGAGCAGCCCUGUACCAAGGGCAGAAGGGGUUGCUUUAUCAAAGUUUGUAAACAAUGUCGCGUGACUUCCUUUUGUGGUGUCAGUUUUGCUGUCCACCGCACCCCGAUUCUACACCACCUCCACCAAGGUCAAGGCCUUGGUGUCAGGGAAUCAUUGUCUCCUUGUUUUCUUAGGGGGUUCAAUAGCCAUGAUGAAAGCAUCGUGAAGACAGUUGCGUGCGGUGAGUGGUGACAUUGGGUGUGUGACGCUGUAUCAAAGUUUGUAAACAAUGCCGUAUGAUUUCCUCUGCAAUAACACAAAGCAUCCUGGGAUUGGAUACCUUGCAUGUGACGUCAAGUCAGUGACGUAUCACUCGGGCAGCCAAUGAGGACGCUGAGGGGGUUAGCAACCUCCACCCACCAACCGCCGAAAUUCUUUGUAGAUACCGUUUCUUGGAGAUUGUAAUGCGGUUGCUGUGAGAGCGGAGUUAUACCAUUUGCCCGAUCACAGGAUGUUAGGUAGAAACCUGUUUCAUGGAUCUGGCCCC